CAGGUGACAGAAGGAAACUCCCCCUGGAGACAGACAGACAGUCAUCUGUUGCUGACAGACGGACCAGCCUACUCUCCGUGUGGAGCUCAAACCUUCAGCUCCACUCACUGACAGAUCAUGCACAUGCAGCUUAUUCACAUAUGUAUUUCACUAGUUUAACCUGUUGCUGUGUCAUUUCUUUUAAAACACUAUACACCCAGGAGGUUUGAGUUUACUCUCUGUUAUGAAUCGACUUGAAUGGAGCUUCAAGUCCAAAAACAUGGACCUGGAGGAGGAUUUCUACUUCGACUACGGAGCGGAGGAAAUAACAGAUUAUCAAGACCCCAAUGAACUUCUGGCUGCAUUGAAACAAAAGGAGGAAGAGGUUAUUUUGGCAGCCCAGCUGGGAAACGCAUUGCUCCUGGAAAACCGUCAGUUGAAAGAUCAGAGCGACAAACUUCAUGAACAAUACGCAGACAAGCUGGAGGAGCUGGAGCAGGACAAGCAUGACCUGCGGCUGAAGCUGGAGGGCUGCCAGUCCCAGUGGGAGAGCCAGGUGGGAGACCUGGAGAGGGAUGUGAGGGAGCUGAGCGCCCAGGUGGAGCAGCUCACCCAGGCCCUCAGCGAGGCCGAGCGGGACAAGAGUCGAGCCGAGCUGGAGCACAGCGAGCACACUCAGAGACUCAGGGAGCAGCUCAACACUGCGAUGGAGGUGGAGAGAGUCAUGUCCAGUGAGCUGCAGGCUUUAAAACAGGAGCUCCAACAAAAAGGAAGCAACAACAGGCCGCAGGAUGAGGAGCUGAUCAGUGCCAUGAGGGAGCAGGCGCUGCGUCUCACCCAGAAGGAACAAAUGCUGGAGGAGCGUUUGCAGAGUGUGUGUCAAGAAAACACAGAGCUGAGGGCGAGUCUGGCCUCUUUACACACACGCCUGGCUCUGCAUGACCAACUCAACCAACAGCACAGCCAGCAGCUAGCUGAGGCGUGGCAGGAGGUGGAGGCGGCACGGAGUCGCUCUCAGCAGCUUCAGGCCCAAGUUGAGGACCUCCAGGAGGAGGUGUCCCUACAGGAAGCCAGGAGCCACGGAGAUGCCUCCCUGCUGUCCGAGCUGGAGACCAGCCUAGAGACGGCACAGCUGGGAGUUGGCAAGGAAGAGAUGAAGCAAGAAAUGGGCUCCAUCCUUCAGUUGCUGCUCCCGCUGACACAGGAACUGAACGGCUCAGAGAGCUCAGGGGUCGCAGACCAACAGGACGACCUGCAGGCCAUACUGCAUCAGCUGAAGGGAGUGGCUCAGACACUGGCACAGACAUCAAGCCCUCAGGAGCUGAAACAAGCUUUUGUCGACGGGACGGGUGAUCAGUGUGGGAAUCCGAGCGCAGCACAGGAGCUGAGAGAUCAGAACGUGCAGCUGGAACAGGAAAACGCUGAACUGAGGCACAAGCUGCAGAGUAUACAGGAGCAGGCGGAAGUCGUCCAACAGGCCAUCAGAGACCGAGACGAAGCCAUAGCCAAGAAAAACCUGAUGGAGGCCGAGUUACUGAAAAGUAAAAACGACAUGAUGUGUCUGAACAACCAGUUAUUAGAAGCCAUCCAACGUAAACUUGAGCUGUCACAGGAGCUGGAGGCCUGGCAGGACGACAUCCAGAUCAUCAUUAACCAGCAGCUCAUGACCCAGCAGCAGUCGGAGCUUCCUCAGAAGAAGUCCACCUCCAACGGCAUGUCCUUCUUCAGCAGACCCAGCAGGACGGCCUCUACCUGGACACGUCAGUCCUCCACCUGGAGUUCAAACUCUAAUCAGGACAACAGCCAAUCCCCCUGGAGGGACUGGUUAAGACGAGGGAAAGGGGCACAGUACGGUAAAUAAUGGAGAGUGUGUGCUGCACCUUCCUCUUGAAUGCAGAGGUGAGGAUCAUGUAUGGUGAAAAGAAGCCAUAAAGACACUUUUAGUGUUUCAGUGAUGAACAACAGAGCCACUACGGACAAAGACUUGUCAAAUAGACACUUACACAUUUCACUGAGAGGCUGAGCCUUUCUAAAAUCUAAACUGUGACGACCUGAAACACUCACAGAAGUACAUUAGAAGUUUGCUUGAGACGGUAAAUAUUGUGCCUUAUUUUGUAAUAUUGUGAAUGUCAUUAUGUCUGAAAUGUCUUGAUAGUGCACAUGAUAGAUGUAGAUCAGUGGAGAGUAUUUGUUCAGAUUAUUUAACGUCGCAGAUCAAGUACGGUCGGGAAAUAAACAAUCAAACAGUUCAUUUGUAAUCACACUGAAUUUUGUCUUUACAAACCAAGUUGGAGUUUUUUUUUUUUUACUGCUCGGAAACUAAACAUGUAAAAAUGUUGAUUGUAUAAGAAACACUGUAUGUUCUCAUGUAUACUGAGAAAGCUGUUAUUUUUUAUUAUUUUGUUUUUUUUUUCUUUGUUUUGAAAGCAAAAAACAAAACAAAUAUGUUCUCUGAAUGAUGACUUGGUGUGCUUCGUGUCGCACUUGUAUGUGUUCUGUGAUUCAGUGUUCAAUAUUAAAGCUGCUUAGUACAAA